AUGCAUCACAGCCAUAUUCGUAAAAACCCUCACCGGCAAACUUCUGAUACAAUUGACAAUGUCAAGGCUAAGAUACAAGACAAGGAAUGUAUUCAUCCCGAUCAGCAGAGGUUAAUCUUUGCCGGCAAACAGCUAGAAGAAGGCGGUACUCUUUCUGAUUACACUAUUCAGAAGGAAUCUACGCUUCAUCUCGUCCUCCGUCUUCGUGGGGGGAUGCAGAUCUUUGUUAGAACACCAAUGGGAAAGACCCUCCCUUUGGAAGUUAAAAGCUCCGUUACCAUUGGUGAAGUGAAGGCCAAUAUUCAGGAUAUAGAAGGAAUUCCAUCAAAUCAUCAGGUUUUGGUCAUUGCUGAGAAGAACCUCGAUGGUUCUAUAACAUCCAAAAAGAUUCUACAUUGCACCUGA